AUGUCGUCCUACCCGUCGACGAAUCUCCGGGUCCAGAUUCUCCGGGAUGAGCGAUCUAGGACGCGGACAAACUCGAUCGAUCCUGCGGAGGCCGAAAAGGAAGAACCAAUCGAUCCCUUAACGGCGGCAUGUCGCGCUCGUUACGCGCAGUUCGAGAAGACCAUUGCCGCUAUCUUUCCUAGCGGGCGGCCAUGUUGCGCUACAGAACUGACAGUGCAUGAGUUGCUGGGGAUAGAAGAACCGAAUGAUGGCGAGGUCGAUACCUUGCUACCAAAUGGAGUAUCAAAAGAUGGAGAAAAAUCUACGCCGGUUAUCAGGGCGCGAAGAGCUGAGGAAGAUGAUGACUAUGAUAUGGACGAAGAGGAAGAUGAAGCGCCGCCGCCACCCGUGCAGAAACCAAGAUCGCCAAUCCCACCUACGAUUCAGAUAUCUUCCCCGGACCGUACAAAGUCACCUUCUGGGAAGGACAGUGCUACCGUCACCCGGGAGAAGCUUGAAGCCGAUAAGAAGGCCGCGGAAGAUGCUGCCAAGCUCUCAUUUUCGACAAUGUUCUACACAUUGGAGAGUGAUAGGGAUGCCAUGCUGGAACAGCAAAAGCUAGACGAGUCAGAUCGGCAAGUUAAUGCUGAAGCGAAUGCGCAGGGUGCGCCUGGAAAGCUUAGCAAUGCGAACUUGGGAGCCUCAAGCUUGACACUCAAGCAUUUGAUUGCCAGGAUUGAUGCGAAGCGAGAACGUGUAGCUGUGUCGGACAUGGAAUUGCGAAAUUUGAUGUCUGAAGUGAAAAAGAAUCGGUCGAAAUGGGCAAGUGAAGACAAAGUUGGUCAAGAAGAACUAUACGAAGCUGCCGAGAAGGUUGUACUUGAGCUUCGCGCCCAGACAGAGCACUCGACGGCAUUCCUUAAUAGGGUGAACAAGCGUGAAGCCCCCGAUUACUUUAAUAUUAUCAAACAACCUAUGGACCUCGGAACCGUUAUGAAGAAGCUCAAACAGCUGGCCUACAAGAGCAAAAGGGAAUUCAUUGAUGAUGUGAAUCUCAUAUGGCAGAACUGCCUACAGUAUAAUGCAGAUCCGAAGCACUAUUUACGAAAACACGCCAUCGCGAUGCAGAAGAUGACGCAAAAUCUCAUUCCCUUGAUCCCCGACAUUACGAUUCGUGAUAGAGCAGAGGUUGAAGCCGAAGAAGCAGGUGCACAUGAUCAGGAUGCUGAUGCCGAGAGCGACGAUGAACCUAUAAUGUCGUCCCGAAUGAAUCGGAAGGCUCCCGGAACUAGCAAAUCUAAGAAGGGAGGAGCAAAGCCCGUACGGACUGAGAGCACCCCUGAGGCCAAACCUCCGACCCUCAAUAUACAGGGUGUUCCAGAUAUUAAAGCUAGGGAUAGUCCCGUUCCAGGACAUAUAUUGGCAGAGACGAGUGGUCUUGGCUCUCAGAACGGGUUUGGAAGCCCUGCACUGGCACACACGCCCAGUAAUGGUAUCAUAUCAACUUUGGAUCUCGACCCCACGAUUGAGAAGUAUGAAGUUGAUGAUGACCUUGACCCUGAGUACAAGAUUUGGAAAACUAUGACGAAGAAAGCUAGAGCCCGGGCAGCAAGCGAGAGGCAUAAGCUCUUCCGUGGAACCAAGAUAAACCUUGACGAACCGGCCUUAAUACGAACGCGAGCUGGUAUGGGCCGUUACAUAAGGUCCGAACUCUCCCACGGAGACAAGGACGCUGCUACGAAGGAUAUCAAGGCACCGCUUGCCGUCGCAGUCGAGGAGCACGCUGAAGAAGAAGAUGAAUUGUUGCCCAAUUAUUAUAAGAUUCUCGACGGUGUUCCAGAAUUACCAUAUAAUUUGCAGUGGCUGGGUGACGAUGAGGAUGAAAUUGACCGGUACAACGAUAACUUGCGUCUGGCUCCAAAGGGGGGAUUUACACAACCCCCGACAGGUCUGGCGAGAAAUAUGGAUUCGAAUAUGAAAAUGAUGCAGGAUACGCGAAAAAUAUGCCAUAAGAUCGGUGUCAUCAAACAAAUGCAGGUCCAAACUCAGGUAUACAACAACCAGUUCGCUAAAUACGAUCCUCAAGAGUUUGUUGAGAAGGAGCCGGAAGAUUUUUUGAUCUCUGAAGAUGGGCCAGUCUACUCCGAGGAUAUCAACAGGGUCGCGUUUCAACGCUCCAUCGCCAAGGUAUUCUAUCAUGCCGGAUUCGAGGAUUUCCAGCCCACGGCAUUUGACCUUGUGACCGACAUUGCUACCAGCUUUUUUAAGAAGAUGGGCCAGACAAUAAUGUUGUAUUCGGAAGCUGUUCUUCCAACAGGGCGAUUUGCACCAGAUGACAUCCUCCUCCACACCUUAGCUGAAAAUGGCCUUGAAAUCGAGUCGCUCGAGAGCUAUAUCAGAGACGACGUGGAACGCCUAGGAGGCAAGCUGUCACAAUUGAACGACCGCAUGCGUGCCCAUUUGGCUGACCUUCUACGACCCGCUUUGAACGAUGUCGAGAACCCUGAAGCUGCUGAGGAAGAUAUGAGACACUUUGUCAACGGUGAUUUCACGGACGAUAUCGGGGACGACUACUACGGCUUCAAGGAUCUUGGAUUGGAAAGGGAGUUUGGAAUGUCCAUCUCUUCCGGGCUUAUGCGAGUCCUUCAGACCCGGAUUAACAGCAACUACCAAACUCAAAGCGCAAUUAACCCUGCUGUUCCCCAUACGGAGUACAAGGCACCUCCACCUUUCGAGCCUCUCUCCCGCGAGAUCCUCAAAGACCAAAUUGGGCUUGUUCAAAACUUCUUCCUGGCAAAACUCCAUGCGAACAGCGACGAGCCGCUUAUCGAGGACGAAGAUCUCCCAAUCAAACAAAGAGCUCCGAAGCCAAGGCUACCACCUACCGGCAAAAUUACUACCCCACGAAAACGGGCAGUCUCGGGGCAGGGCGGGAACUCCAAGAAAAAGAAGCGCCCAAACCCACCUCCCCCCGUGGCUACAAAGCCUCCUCCAGCAGGUUCCACUGCUAUCAUCGCACCCACUGCAACACCCCCAUUAUCAGAAGAAAAUAAUAGUGGAAGCGUUCAGAAAUUUGAAGAAAAGGAUAUGGAUAAUACUCCCGGAAUGAUGAGUCCUGAAUCCAUCAUGGCAGUGUGA